AAAACCUAAUAAUCUCAGUUCCGUCGGGUUACCGAUCUUUUACUUUUUUAGUUGCGUUGCGCCUCCCUCCCUUCUCCCACCUCACGAUCUACGCCGCCGCCGCCUCCUUCUCAGAUUCAGCUCUCCAUCAGCAAAUGCAGAAAGCUGAAAUUGCAAUAACAGACGCCAUUCGGUUAGGAGUUCUACCUAAUGUAGUAACGUACAACUUUUUGAUUCAUGGAUAUUGUCAAUUUAGGUGCAUGGAUGCUGCUUAUUCUGUUCUUUAUAGAAUGAGAGAAGCUAGUAUUAGUCCAAAUGUGAUUACUUAUAAUUCUUUGAUAGCUGCUGCAACUAAGAAUGGUUCAUUAGAACAAUCCCUUAAUCUGUUUGAAGAAAUGCUUCAAUUAGGUAUCACUCCUGAUGCAUUGUGUUACACCACUUUGAUGCAAUGUUACAACAAGAUGGUAAAGCCAGAUGAAGCCAAUAGGGUUUUUGAGGGGAUUCCAUUGUGCAUUAAAGUUACUGCUUGCCUGCUUGAGAAGUUGAAGGAAGGUUAGUCCAAACAAUGCGCCAGAUUAUUGAAAAACAAAAUCAAAUGGCCACAACGUCAAACCAGUAAAUCCACAAGUCACAAAACGACUAAUACCUUGUCUCCCACUGAAACGAAGACGAUAAGGUUUGAAGAGUCAUCAACGCGUCCAUCUGGAUGGCCGUCGACACCCCAUACUUCGUUCUUCCGGAUUUACAGGUGAAGCACCGAAACUCAAAACGGAAAUACUCUUGGCUCCACUCUUUCAUCGACCAUCUGGAUCCUUAUUCUGUAUCAUAUCCCAAAAUGGGUUUUUAACUUUGAAAGCCAAUUUAUUUGAUGAUUAAUGAAUGGGUCACGCAAGCUUCCACGGCCAAUGCCAUGAGGUGACCCAACUGCAUACUUCAUUGGUUGAAUGUUCUGACUUCAUAUGUACGUUUCAGUUAUCAAAAAUAUAUAUUUUUUUUUGUUUUA